UGGCAAAACAGUAACUGUCAAAUGCAAGGUUCCUUUAAUAAGAGCGAUCAGUCCGGCUCCGAGAGUCAUGGCGACCACAGCGUCUAAUCAUUACAAUAUCCUUACCUCCAGCGCAUCCAUUGUGCACUCGGAGCCCGGGAGCAUGCAGCAAGCAUCGGCGUACAGGGACGCGCAGACCCUGUUGCAGAGUGACUACUCAUUGCAGAGCAACAGUCACCCGCUCAGCCACGCGCACCAGUGGAUAACGGCACUGUCGCACGGAGAGGGAGCUCCGUGGUCAACCAGUCCUCUCGGCGACCAGGACAUCAAACCCGCGGUGCAGGGCACCAGAGACGAGAUGCACAGCUCCAACAACCUGCAGCACCAGCACCAGCCGCGACCGCCCCACCUGGUGCACCAGUCGCAUGGGAACCACCACGACGCCCGAGCGUGGAGAACUACCGCAGCCCACAUACCCAGCAUGGCAACAUCCAAUGGCCAGAGCCUUAUUUAUUCACAGCCCGGAUUCGGCGUCAACGGCCUGAUUCCAGGCAGCGGACAGGGGAUGCAUCACCACAACCUAAGAGACGCACACGAAGACCACCACAGCCCGCAUCUCAGCGACCACGGCCACCAGGCGUCCCAACACCAGCAACAGAGUCACCACGACCAUUCGGACGAGGAUACACCGACCUCGGACGACUUGGAGCAGUUCGCCAAGCAGUUUAAGCAGCGGAGGAUCAAGCUGGGCUUCACUCAGGCUGACGUCGGACUCGCCUUGGGAACGCUGUAUGGAAAUGUGUUUUCCCAAACCACUAUUUGCAGGUUCGAGGCCCUGCAGCUCAGCUUCAAAAACAUGUGUAAGCUCAAGCCUUUGUUGAACAAGUGGUUGGAAGAAGCGGAUUCCACCUCGGGCAGCCCAACCAGUUUGGACAAAAUCGCUGCACAGGGGAGGAAAAGGAAAAAACGGACCUCUAUCGAGGUAAGCGUAAAAGGGGCUUUGGAGACCCAUUUCUUGAAGUGUCCUAAACCCGCAGCGGCGGAAAUUACUUCACUGGCGGACGGUCUACAGCUGGAGAAAGAGGUGGUGAGGGUUUGGUUUUGUAACAGGAGACAGAAAGAGAAACGGAUGACUCCUCCCGGUGGACCGCUUCCUGGAACGGAGGAUGUGUAUGGGGACACACCGCCACAUCAUGGAGUCCAAACACCGGUUCAAUGAACGAUAACGGAUCACUAUUAGACUUUUCCUGAUUUGAUUUACCCUGAAAUGAUAUAUAUUUCACUGGACUAUGAGCGAUAGUGGGUGUUUUAUGUAUAAUAAUAGCCUAGCCUAUGGCAUGAGUAGGCUACUUACACAAUAUCUGCAUUGAAUACCAUUCAAAACCCAAAUAUCAUUAGCAAUGGGGUGGAAAAUUGUUUUCUUCAAGAGCUAAGAGAACACAUGUUCGAGGAUAUGCCUUGCAAUGUGACUCGACGCAGUUUCAAGGUGUAGUCCUAUUGUGAAAAAAUAUUUGGCGUGAAGGGAAUUAUCGUUUUAAAUAAGCCUCGAGAUUCUUAGCUAAAAUGGUUUACGUUCUCGACUUUUCUAGUGUAUUCAACACAUGGCGCUGCGUAAUCAUCAUUGUUUUGUUCUGGACAUGUGGGUCCGACAAGAAAAGUCUUCAGAGCUGCAUUCGACAAAUAUAGCCUAAACGCCAUUUCUCUGUCCCAGACACGCAGCUGGGGUUGAGCAUCGGCUGAGCAAUGUGUGAGGGUUGAUAAUCUGUCAGUCAUAUUUUUCUAGUUAGUUUUGACAUUCAACAUUGCUUUGAGGCGUUUAGGCAAAUUAUUAUGGGCCAAAGCUUUAUUAUUUUGCCUGUUACUUGUUAUAUCCCUAUUAUUAUUAUUAUUAUUAUUAUUAUUAUUAUUAUUAUUAUUAUUAUUAUUAUCAUCAAGAGCGGUUCGAAGGACCUCCUUGAAUAAUUGAUACCACAUAAAUCGUAAGGUUUUGAUAUUCCGUUUGAACGCACACAAGAACACAUCAUCCUCCUCGUUCUCUCAAUGAUAUCAGCACCUCUAAACACAAAAGGCUGCCAACACUGAGCUCCGCUCCACGCCACGCGGCCAGCAGCUAGCAGUCAGGUCACGGAAGGGCUACGUGGCGAUGGAAACCUGGCACUUUUCUAGAGCAAGAUAUAUCACCAAGUUUUUCACAGAACAUUGUGAUCAAUUUUGUAAAUAUUGUAUAACUUAACAGUCAUGGCUUAGUUCCUUCUCACUGAGGCACUUUUUUUCUUUCGGUGUUUUCAAAACAAAAACAGGUUUUAGCUGUUUAUUUUUUUAUUCCAAAUGGUUUUGACACAAUUUUAGGUUUCAAUAGCCUACCUUGUAUUUUUAUUUAAAGUUAUUUGUAGCUGAAAUUACGUUUGUUGUUUGCAGUGUGAUGUGUUUGAGACGCAUUUUAUGUUAAAUUCAGAGGCAUUUCAUUGAUGUGAAUUCAAUUGGAUUGGCAGAAUUGACUUCACAUGUUGUCCUGUCAUUGGCUUUCAAUAAUGUCCACCUGACAUAUUUUUGAACCAAAUAUAUGCUUUAAGUAAUUAUGUUCUAAUUGAUUGGCAACUAAAUAAUGAAUCAGCCCACAGAUUGGCAAAGGAAGGCGAUAUGCUCGCUGAAAUAUAUUUUAUUUAAAAGAUGUAUUAUUCCUUUACAAAAGGAAAUAGAUAUUUAAGUAGCCUACAUUUUAUAUCAACUUUUAAAAACAACGUAGGCCUUUUGUCAAAAACAUGUCACCUGGCACCACAUAAUAAUGAUAAUAAUAAUAAGAAUAAUAUAUUAUUAUUUUAUUAUUUAUCAUAGGUGAGGAUUUUAUUUUAUCCUUGCCAUCUUAUUUUGUUUUGGUAUCAUUGCGAUAUGGGAAUAAUUAUCAAAUACUUUAAUUUUAUUAUUUUGUUGUUGAGAUUGUAAUUUAUUCUAUAACGACUUUUAUAGAUGACACAAAGUACAAUAGAUAUAUAAAUGCCAUCGAAAAGGCUUAUGGAAUAUAGGCUAGUCAUAAGGGGGGAGAGAUAGUAUUUUUUAUUUCAGCAGGAUUGCCAUAGCCUAUACCGUCAAUGCUACGUGUAUAUACAUGUUUUCUGAUAACCAUAUGGCUUGUUCUCCGUAGCUUUGUUUCAUUUUAUGCAAAUUGUAUCCAGGGACUUGUGUUCUUCUCAUUUGGAAGCAGCUUGCCUAAUCUUACUUUUUUUUAAAGAAAAAAGGUCAUGGCAUUGAUCAUAUUUCUUCUGUAGCUUGAAUUAAUCGACCAAUCUUACAAUUCUCUGAAAAUCAAACUGUGGGAUGUACAAAUUCGAUGUUUUUUUUUGUUUUUUUUUCCGCGUUUAUCACAUUCACUUUUAAUUGAUCUGGAUAAAUCUGGGGGUUAAACACGCAGAGAUGGUGAUAGAAAUAUGUUUAGGUAAUAUUUCAUCAGUUGAUAUGACAUGAACAAAGACUUGCACAUUUUUAAAUAAUGGGGUUGAUAUUAAAAAGCUUUUUUCAAUGUCGA